UCGUCGACCAAAACCGUCUCGAACCCGAAAGCGCAGAAAAGAUCGAGUUUGUGUGUGGAAUUGAAAUUCGAAGUCUUCAACUGCUCAAACCAGCUGCGACUAGCCCACAAUAAUAUAUCAGAGCUUUCUUGUCUAAAAUCGUAUCCAGAUUCGUGUUAUAAAUGGCUUUCAAGGGUUUUUUCUGAUAGAUAGAUAGAUACAUACAUACAUACAUAAAGAUAUAUGGUAAUGGUGGAGGUGGAGGUGGGGGUGGAGGUUAGCGAGAAGAAUCGGAGGAGUAUGAAACGGUGGGGGUGGUUCGUUGGGGCGGUGAUCGUAGUAUUAGUUGCCAUUGCAGCCGCCUCUUUACAUUCCCAGAAGAUCUCUUUCUUCAUCAACAAUCAAAAGUCUUGCCGCUGUUCUGAGGAUUCACGGAAAUAUACAGGCAUAGUGGAGGACUGCUGUUGUGACUACGAGACAGUUGACAGUCUUAAUGGGGAAGUUUUACAUCCUUUGCUCCAAGAGCUCGUCACUACUCCAUUUUUCCGAUAUUUCAAGGUAAAGCUGUGGUGUGAUUGCCCUUUCUGGCCUGAUGAUGGUAUGUGCCGCUUACGUGAUUGCAGUGUUUGUGAAUGUCCAGAAAAUGAAUUUCCAGAAACUUUUAAGAAACCGCUUCCAUCUGAUGAUUUGGUAUGUCAAGAGGGGAAGCCACAGGCUACUGUUGACCGCACAGUAGACAGUAAAGCUUUCCGAGGCUGGAUGGUAAUAGAUAACCCGUGGACCAAUGAUGAUGAGACAGACAAUAGUGAGAUGACAUAUGUAAAUCUUCAAUUGAAUCCUGAACGUUAUACAGGCUAUGUUGGUCCAUCUGCCAGAAGGAUAUGGGAUGCUGUAUAUUCAGAAAAUUGUCCAAAAUAUUCUUCUGGAGAGAUUUGCCAGGAGAAAAAAGUCUUGUACAAGUUAAUAUCUGGUCUUCACUCCUCAAUUUCAAUCCACAUUGCUGCUGAUUAUCUUCUUGAUGAAUCUACCAACCUGUGGGGGCAAAAUCUUGAAUUGAUGUAUGAUCGUGUUUUGCGAUACCCUGAUCGUGUUAGAAACUUGUACUUCACUUUCCUCUUUGUUCUUCGAGCUGUGACAAAAGCAGCAGAUUUCUUGGAGCAGGCCGAGUAUGACACUGGUAACAAUGCAGAGGACCUGAAAGCACAAUCCUUGAUGCGUCAGUUACUUUACAACCCCAAACUGCAAGCUGCAUGUCCACUUCCAUUCGAUGAAGCUAAAUUGUGGCAAGGCCAAAGCGGACCUGAACUGAAGCAACAGAUUCAAAAGCAAUUCAAAAACAUUAGGUUUCUCUCUAAUAAUUUGCUCUUUGUCGCCUUUGCUUUAUAUAAAACGCUCAAAGAAAUUGAAUUCCAGAUUAUUAUGUCCAAUACUGUAUUUCUGGUUAUCACCCUCUUAAUAUCACAUGAAAUUAAGUGUUAUCUGGCAAUAAAGAAAUAUUCACUUUGCUUGUUUUUGGUUUUCUAAAUAUACUUUUCAAAAAAAUUUACUUUUUU